CCAAGAUAUUGAAGACCUUGUCCAUCUGGCCAGUGAUAUUCGUACUGCUCAUGAGCAGGUUGAGCAAAGCCCUAGCAUUAUCACAGAGCAGGAACGGAAUGAUCUGGACCAGUUUCACCAGGAUGCCAAACAAGAGUCUAAUAUCUUAGCUCAAGAAGCUUCUACCACAAAUGACAACAAUAUCCAAGAGUCACCAGAUGUGGGCUCCACUUCGAUUUGGUCAUUCUUGGGUUCUUGUGGAAUAAAUCUUGUUUUGCCUUUCAUCAAUGGUGUUAUGCUUGGUUUUGGCGAGAUCCUGGCUCACGAGAUUGGCUUUAGAUAUAACUGGUCAGGCGCAAAAGUUGUUCCCGCUCAUAGACUUCAGAAUAGGGAGCUUAAAAGAAAGAGCGUUUUGUUGUAAUGCAUUUCUCCCAAUGGGCCCAAGAAAGCGGGGCUUCAUUAUCUCACCGUUAGGCCCAUUACGGCAACCUGCAUGGCUUCGAAAAUACAUAUCAAGACAUCUUUGCACCGCUACCCCAGAUUUUUAGCAAGCUGAAUAUCGACUCAAAUCACAUGCAAUAGUGGGGAAGAUUAUAUAAAACAUCAGGAAAGGUCCUCUGACCUUGCACUAAUAAUGAAUCGAGAUGUGCACUCAUCCAAUAAGUAUUUCCUCCGGACCAGUAGAUACCUGGUUGCCCAGUAUGCCAAGCAGCGCAAUGUGAUUCUUCGUUUGGCCUAUGCUACCAUUAUAUUCAUGAUUUUCAAUGGUGGCUCCUCGAGUAAAGGCAAACCGUCACCUAGAUAUAAAUCAGAACAUAUCAAAGGAAACAUUGUGGAACGGUUCAGCCAACGAGUCAAGUCCUCCCCUUUGGUUCUUCUGCUGUCUCAAUUAAGUCACAAAAAUGAAAAGACGAGGCCAAUUCUGGCGUAUAUGAUUCUACAAAUAUGCUUAUCAUUUGUCAGGGCAUUUAUUGCUCUUAAAGUUGCGGCUCUUGAUGGCUACUUGGUGUCAUCAUUGAUAACAAAACGAUUCAAGGCCUUUUUCAAAUAUUUGCUUCUGUGGACGUUGAUAGGUAUUCCCGCCGCAGUGACCGAAUCUUUGUUAACGAGAACCAGGCAAUUGGUAGCACAAUCAAUACGUCGUAAUGUGACCAAUGAGGUACUUGACCUUUACCUUCCUGAUAGUGGGAACAGCACAGUGUACCAUUUAGUUAACAAGUCCAAGCAUGCAGAUCUUAGGAGCAGCAUAGACGACCCUAAUCACAGAAUCACCACUGUCAUUGAGCAAUUUUCCAGGAGUCUGAGCUCCAUUCCCUCCCAGGUUUUGACUCCAACGAUGGACAUUGCUCUUGCAGCCCAUCAAUUGUCGAAGACAGGUGAGAACGCCGCGGAGGGCGGGCUCUUACUGGGAAUUAUUACAAACAUUUCUACAUUAGUUCUCAAGAUUUUCACCCCCAACUUCUCGAAAUUGAGUGCGCUUAGGAACUCCUUAGAAAACAAGUUUCAUGCCCACCAUUCCAAAGUAAUCAACAACAGCGAAGAAAUAGCUUUGGCAAAAGGGCACAGAAGAGAAUUAGAUCUUCUGGAUAUGAACUACUUUGAACUUGAACGAUUCAAACGAAUGGAGCUUCGCAGAAUGGCUAUUUACGAUUUUGCCGUCUCAUUCAUUUUCAAGUAUACUUUGGGAGCUUUUGGAUUGCUUCUUUGCUCACUUCCAAUUUUCACCACUGCAUAUAAAUAUAAUUACAGGAUAUCUGAAAGUGCCAGCAGCAGAAUUUCUGCAGACUUUAUCACAAACAGAAGACUGUUGUUGACGGCAUCAGAUUCGUUGGGGAAGCUUGUUCGCGCUAAGAAAAAUGUUCAAAAUCUGAUAGGAUACAGUGAAAGUAUCUGGGAAUUCGAGCAGGUUUUGACCGAAAUCAACAAGUCAAUGGAGGAGGAGGCGAAAUUGGAGCAGUCCAUAAACAAUAAGCCAUUGGUGAAGGGUCCGAAUGUCAGCUACGGUGACGAAAUCUCCUUCCUGCACGUUCCGUUGAUUACCCCUACGGGAACAGUUUUGGUUGAGGACUUAACUUUCACCAUUAAGCCAGGGCAAAAUUUGCUGAUUAUUGGCCCCAACGGAUGUGGAAAGUCCUCUUUGUUCCGAAUUUUAGGUGGCCUCUGGCAAGUCCAAAAUCCUGGUCAUCUCAUUGUUCCACAAAGACGCCAGGACUUGUUUUACUUGCCACAGAAAAGUUAUCUCACAUACGGUUCUUUGCGCGAGCAAAUUGUUUAUCCUGACACCAUCCAAGACUAUCAACAGAAGCUUAGUGAUGCAAGGGCUAGUGGAAGCAUCCUCAAAGAUGAUGUCUAUCUCAUGGAUCUUCUUCGUUUGGUCAAAUUGGAACAUCUUGCUGAGAUUGAGUCCGAGGACGAAGACGAUGAGGCAAAAAAUGAGAUAUCCUCCAGCAAUUAUCCUCUAGACACUGUCAAGAGGUGGCCUGAUCUCCUUUCAGUCGGGGAGCAACAAAGAUUGGCACUUGUUAGAAUGUAUUAUCAUCAGCCACGGUUUGCUGUGUUGGACGAAUGCACUUCGUCCAUUUCACCAGACCUUGAGCAAGAAUGCUAUCGAUUGGCAAUUGAACAAUUUGGAAUCACUGUUCUGUCUGUGUGUCACCGUACCUCUUUGUGGAAAUUCCACUCCCACAUCCUCAAGUUCGGAAAUAGUAAAAACAAGGAAAUGACGGACGAGGAAGACGAAAGUGACCAUGAUAACCCUAGAAUCAGUAUAUCUCCAGAAUCUGCUACGAAAGUUACUUUUAGCAAAUUCGACCCUGCCAAAAGAUUAGCAAGACAUAACGAGCUGAUCGAGAUCGACAAUAUGCUGAAAAACAGAUCGAACGUGCGCAAGAGAUUGCAAUCUCUUGAUCUUAUGAGAAACCGCAGCAAGAGAAUACUAUAUAUUCAAGAUGAAGACUGAAUCUAAAAAAACAAAUGUUUUUUGUCCUCUUUCUGCAUCACUUGCCACCAGUCCUGGUCGCGCUCCCAGCACUGGGUCAUUAGGUCCACGGCAAAUUGCGCCGAAGGCGAGCCGGUAUGAGCUAUAGUUGUCAUACGUCUCAAGUGACGAGAACGAAGUUCGCCGUUGUUAGAAUCACAUCCAGAAACAAAAACCGGAAGAAAUAUGCUUAUUUGAUUUGGCGAGUCAUCAAGUAUAUGCAUAUCAAUAAUAGAAAUCGUUUCUGCGCACAUGUCCUGAACAAGCGGAGAACUUUUAGGAACCUUCAGCACUCUUCUGUAGAUUUGAUUGAGUCCAAAUAACAUAAACACUCUGUUUAUAGCGAUCAUGGUAUCCUGGCUUUGAGCAGAUACGGAGGAUAAUUUUUGAAAGGUGCCCGCGAUCUGAAGGGCACGAUCGAUAGCUGAAGGCAACACCCCAAUAGAAGAGUUUACCACAGCCC